AUGGCCUCCAACAGUCUGUUCAGCAGCACUAGUCCCAUGCUGUACUGGGAUACUGUGGGAAAAUGCCGGCAGGUUCCAUCACCUAAACCUCACCAACAGGAAGAGCAGGAGGUGAGGGUGCCGUUGCAGCAGCAUGGCGCAGCAUCCCAGAGAGGCUUGGUGCACACUGACAGCCCAAACUUCCUCUGCAGCAUCCUGCCACCACACUGGAGGUGCAACAAGACCCUGCCAAGAGCUUUCACUGUAGUUGCUCUGGGUAAUGACGUGCCAGACGGUGUGGUUGUUACAGUGAUGGCUGGCAAUGAUGACAACUGCAGCGCUGAGCUACGCAAUGCCACAACAACAAUGAAGCAAGGUUAUGCCCACUUCAACGAUCUCCGGUUCAUUGGUCGCAGUGGCAGAGGUAAAACGUUCACGCUGUCGAUCAACGUGCUGACCUCUCCUCCUCAAAUAGCCACUGUACACAGAGCCAUUAAGAUCACUGUGGAUGGACCUCGGCUCCCGAGACGUCAGAGACAGAAGGAAAUGAAAUCAGGAAUAUUCCGGCCUCCCAGCAGUAUCGGCAGUACUGACCGCAGAUCCUUUUCCUCCUUGUGGAACAACGAAUCAUCAUUUCUUGGUCAGGUGACGUCUCUGACAUCCUCCUUCACUUCAGCUCCCAGACUGCACCACCUGCCCAGCGUCCCCUUCUCCACCCCGCCCUACACCUCUUACCUGCCUCCUGCUCCACCUGCUCCCCCUGCGCUGAGCCACAGCGCCCAGUUCCAGCCCAGCACUUUCUACUACGGGUCGAACCAAUUGAACCAGAGCUCAGCGGAGGAGCGCAACGUCGCUGCAGCCAUGGCCAAUUACAUGGAAGGGGCGUGUCUUAGCAUGAGAGGGGAGGAGCCUGUCUGGAGGCCUUACUGA